GUGUCCUCUGGCCAGUGGGGCUGCUCCCCAGGGUCCUACCGGGGUAGGGGGUGCACCGGGCGGGGGGGGGUUGUGCUGGGCCUCUCGUGGGUGCCUCUCGCCGCCGUGGACUCAGAGCACUCUGGUUUCCACCCCGGGUGGGAGCUGUGGGGCCGUGCUCAGCCUGGGCACGCACCCCGGGAACCACCAUCAUGCCGGGUCCUCUGCACCACUCGACGGGGGCGGUGAACGCGGGGCAUCGGGCCGGUUCCCUUCCCCCGGUGAGGCUCCGUCCCCUGCCGGGGCGAUGCUGCCACCCCGGCCCCCAGCCCUGCGCUCCCCCCCCCCCCGCCCCAGGCAAAACCUCCGUGGCCCACCAGUUCGUGGAGGGGAAGUUCGUGGAGUGCUACGAGCCCACGGUGGAGAGCACCUACAACAACAUGGUGAUGGUGGGCAAGGAUGAGUUCCAGCUGCAGCAGGUGGACACAGCUGGGCAGCUUCCAGGUGGUGAAGACGCUUCACAACAAGCUGUACGGGAGCCGAGGGAACAUGCGGUAGGUGCUGUCCCUCCUUGGGGGGGGGCCUGGGGGAGGCCAGGCCCUCACUCUCCCCAUGGCCAUAGCAUGCCCGUGGUGCUGGUGGGGAGCAACGCAGACCUGGCCCUGCAGAGCCGGGAGGUGAAGACAGAUGAAGGGAAGAAGCUGGCGGAGUCGUGGGGGGCCAGCUUCCUCGAGUCCUUGGCAAAGGAGAGCCAGGUGUGGGGCAGGUGACGUACCCCGGCUGUGGGCUGGGAGUGGGGUCACAGGAGCUCUUGUCCCCAGGUGACCCAGGGGAUCUUCUUGAAGAUCAUUGAGGAGAUUGACCGGGUAGACAACUCCAACAGCGGAUCAAACGGCUGCUGCCUGUGAGCCCUGCCUGGUGGAGACCUCCAGGAUCGGAUGGACCCUCCGUGCACGCCGGUGGCUUUGGGGGUCUGGGGCCAUGCGGUCCUGCUGUUGUAUGGGACUGCUCGUUUGCACAGGCUGGGGGGCUCACAAGUGGCUGGGAGUGGGGUCCCAUCCCAGCUGGGGGCGUCCCCUGCUCGGAGCUGCUGUCCCCCCACACGCACAAGGACACGGUGGGGCCGCCCUGGGCGCAGGGAGCCGGGGCUGAAUGCGGGUGUUGUUCCCGUGCGGGGCUGCGGGCCGGCUGUGCCGCGCUGGCAGCCGCCGCUCGUGGGAGUCAGGGCUGCGGGACUGGAACAAUUAAACGUUGUUUUGGCUGUGAA